UGAGUUCUGCAAUGUGAAAUUCUGCUUAGAUGCCAGCCAACCAGAUGUAGGCAGCUGGCUCAAGUACAUCAAGUUUGCUGGAUGCUAUGAUCAACACAAUCUUGUGGCGUGCCAGAUAAAUGACCAGAUAUUCUACAGAGUGGUAGCAGACAUUGUGCCUGGGGAGGAGCUCUUAUUGUUCAUGAAGAGUGAAGAAUAUUCACAUGAAGCAAUGGCUCCUGAUAUUCAUGAAGAACGCCAGUAUCGCUGUGAGGAUUGUGAUCAGCUCUUUGAAUCUAAAGCUGAACUAGUGGAUCACCAGAAAUUUCCAUGCAGCACGCCACACUCAGCAUUUUCCAUGGUAGAAGAGGAUUUUCAACAAAAACUCGAAAGUGAGAACGAUCUCCGGGAGAUGCAUGAAAUCCAGGAAUGUAAAGAGUGUGAUCAAGUCUUUCCAGAUUUACAAAGCUUGGAGAAACACAUGCUGUCACAUUCGGAAGAGAGAGAAUACAAGUGUGAUCAGUGUCCCAAAGCUUUUAACUGGAAGUCCAACUUAAUUCGUCACCAGAUGUCACAUGACAGUGGAAAGCACUACGAAUGUGAAAACUGUGCCAAGCAGGUUUUCACGGAUCCUAGCAACCUGCAGAGGCACAUUCGCUCCCAGCAUGUUGGGGCUCGGGCUCAUGCUUGCCCAGAGUGUGGCAAAACUUUUGCCACUUCAUCAGGCCUCAAACAACACAAGCACAUCCACAGCAGUGUCAAGCCUUUUAUCUGUGAGGUCUGCCAUAAAUCCUAUACUCAGUUUUCAAACCUUUGUCGUCAUAAGCGCAUGCAUGCUGAUUGCAGAACCCAAAUCAAGUGCAAAGACUGUGGACAAAUGUUCAGCACUACGUCUUCCUUAAAUAAACACAGGAGGUUUUGUGAGGGCAAGAACCAUUUUGCGGCAGGUGGAUUUUUUGGCCAAGGCAUUUCACUUCCUGGAACCCCAGCUAUGGAUAAAACUUCCAUGGUUAAUAUGAAUCAUGCCAAUCCGGGCCUUGCUGACUAUUUUGGUGCCAAUAGGCAUCCUGCUGGUCUUACCUUUCCAACAGCUCCUGGAUUCUCUUUUAGCUUUCCCGGUCUGUUUCCUUCCGGCUUGUACCACAGGCCACCUUUGAUACCUGCUAGUUCUCCUGUUAAAGGACUACCGAGUACUGAACAGACAAACAAAAGUCAAAGUCCCCUCAUGACACAUCCUCAAAUACUGCCAGCUACCCAGGAUAUUUUGAAGGCACUAAGUAAGCACCCACCUGUAGGGGAAAAUAAGCCAGUGGAGCUUCAACCUGAGAGGUCCUCUGAAGAGAGGCCCCUUGAAAAAAUCAGUGACCAGUCAGAGAGUAGUGACCUUGACGAUGUCAGUACCCCAAGUGGCAGUGACCUGGAAACCACCUCUGGCUCUGAUCUGGAAAGUGACAUUGAAAGUGAUAAAGAGAAAUUUAAAGAAAAUGGUAAAAUGUUCAAAGACAAAGUCCACUCUCUUCAGAAUUUGGCUUCAAUAAAUAAUAAGAAAGAAUACAACAAUCAUUCCAUUUUCUCACCAUCUUUAGAGGAACAAACUGCGGUGUCAGGAGCGGUGAAUGAUUCUAUAAAGGCUAUUGCUUCUAUUGCUGAAAAAUACUUUGGGUCAACAGGACUGGUGGGGCUGCAAGACAAAAAAGUUGGAGCUUUACCUUACCCUUCCAUGUUUCCCCUCCCAUUUUUUCCAGCAUUCUCUCAAUCAAUGUACCCAUUUCCUGAUAGAGACUUGAGACCGUUACCUUUGAAAAUGGAACCCCAAUCACCAAGUGAAGUCAAGAAAAUCCAGAAGGGAAGCUCUGAGUCUCCCUUUGACCUCACCACUAAACGAAAGGAGGAGAAGCCAAUUCCUCCCGCGGCCUCAAAAUCCGCGGCUCCUCCUGGCCCAAGCCAAGACCAGCCCCUAGAUCUCAGCAUGGGCAGCCGAAGCCGAGCCAGUGGGACAAAACAGGCCGAGCCUCGGAAGAAUCACGUUUUUGGUGAAGAGAAAGGAGGCGAUCUCGAACAAAGGAAAGCGUCCGAUGCCUCACUGCAGCAUGCCAGACCCACUCCUUUCUUUAUGGACCCCAUUUACAGGGUGGAGAAAAGAAAGCUAACUGACCCACUUGAAGCUUUAAAAGAAAAAUACUUGAGACCUUCGCCAGGAUUCUUGUUUCACCCUCAAUUCCAAAUGCCUGAUCAGAGAACUUGGAUGUCAGCUAUUGAAAACAUGGCAGAAAAACUUGAGAGCUUUAGUGCCCUGAAACCAGAAGCCAAUGAACUUAUUCAGUCGGUCCCUUCCAUGUUCAACUUCAGAGCCCCUCCUAAUGCCCUACCAGAGAAUCUCCUGAGAAAGGGCAAGGAACGUUAUACUUGCAGAUACUGCGGCAAGAUUUUUCCAAGAUCUGCAAACCUAACGCGCCAUUUGAGAACACAUACAGGGGAACAGCCUUAUAGAUGCAAGUACUGUGAUAGAUCGUUUAGCAUAUCUUCCAACUUGCAGCGGCACGUUCGUAACAUCCACAAUAAAGAAAAGCCCUUCAAGUGUCACUUAUGUGACAGGUGUUUUGGUCAACAAACCAACCUAGACAGACAUCUGAAAAAACAUGAAAAUGGGAAUAUGUCUGGUACUGCCACAUCAUCCCCACAUUCUGAACUGGAAAGCACAGGUGCAAUCCUGGAUGACAAAGAGGAUUCUUAUUUCACAGAAAUUCGGAAUUUCAUUGGUAACAGUAACCACAGUAAUCAGUCACCCAGAAAUACAGAUGAGAGAAUGAAUGGUAGCCAUUUUAAAGACGACAAAGUUUUGGUGGCCAGUCAAAAUUCCGACCUUCUGGAUGAUGAAGAAGUUGAAGAUGAGGUGAUGUUGGACGAAGAAGAUGAAGAAAGUGAUGUUACAGGAAAACCAGCCAAGGAGCCGGUCAUAAGUAAUAUACAUGAAGGGAACCAUGAGGAUGACUAUGAAGAAACAAGUGCUCUGGAAAUGAACUGCAAGAUCUCCCCUGGCAGGUAUAAAGAGGAGGAGUAUAAAACUGGACUUUCUGCUUUGGACCAUAUAAGGCACUUCACAGAUAGCCUCAAAAUGAGGAAAAUGGAAGAGAAUCAAUAUAACGAAGCUGAACUGGCUUCUUUUAGUACGUCCCACCUGCCGGAGGACCUAAAACAGCCGUUAUUCAGAAAGUCCAAGUCACAGGCAUAUGCUAUGAUGUUGUCACUCUCUGAUAAGGACUCCCUCCAUUCUACAUCCCACAGUUCUCCCAACACGUGGCACAGUAUGGCAAGAGCCGCUGCAGAAUCCAGUGCUAUCCAGUCCAUUAGCCACGUAUGACAUUUUCAAGUCUGAUCAAAAUGGGACCAAGUCCACCAGUAGCAUGGCUCUUUCCUAGAUGACUAUUUAAAAGACUGCUGAGCAGGAUGCCUUAUAAAUCUGCAGGGUCACUAAUUUAAAGUCUGGUGACCUUAAACUGAAUAAUUUUAAAGAAAAAAAAUGAAAGAAAAAGAAAAAAAACUAUUUAUUCUCAAUAUUUUGUUUUGCACAGCAAAGGCAGCUGCUGACUU